AUGGCUCCCAAAGCGCUGCAGGACUGCCAAGGCCUCCCAGGGACCCUUCAAACAGCCAGUUCCCAACAAGCGGCACCACCCCCACAGCUGACGCUAGCCACUAGCCAUAAGCGGACCAUCCACAUCACCAUCCAGCAGUCUCACCAGGAAUAUCACCCCGGGCUGCCCGCCUUCCGCCAGGCCCAGCCCGGCCGCGAACUGCUGGAGGAAUUCCAGCGCCGAGAGCCCUACAAGUACCUGCAGUUUGCCUACUUCAAGGCUAAUAAUCUUCCAAAAGCUAUUGCAGCAGCUCACACAUUUCUUCUGAAGCAUCCAGAUGAUGAAAUGAUGCAAAGAAAUAUGGCCUACUAUAAGAGCAUACCUGAUGCUGAGGAGCAUAUUAAAGACUUGGAGACAAAGCCUUAUGAGAAUCUCUUUGUGAGGGCUGUGAGAGCGUACAACGGUGAGAAUUGGAGAACAUCUAUCUCGGACAUGGAGCUGGCUCUUCCUGAUUUCUUCAAAGCCUAUGAUGACUGUACAGCAGCCUGUGAAGGCUCCCGAGAGAUCAAAGAUUUUAAAGACUUCUAUCUCUCCAUUGCAGAUCAUUAUAUUGAAGUCCUUGCAUGCAAAGUGCAGUGCGAGAGUAACCUGACACCCAUUAUAGGAGGCUUUGUUGUUGAGAAAUUUGUGGCCACCAUGUACCAUUACUUGCAGUUUGCUUAUUAUAAAUUGAAUGACAUGAAGAAUGCAGCUUCUUGUGCUGCUAGUUACCUUCUGUUUGACCAGAAAGAUGAAGUAAUGAAACAGAACAUGGUAUAUUAUCAGUACCACAAAGACAAAUGGGGACUUAAAGAAGAGGAUUUUCAGCCCAGAUCGGAGGCAGUUCGAUACCACAACAUAACCACACUCCAGUUGGAAAUGUAUGAAUUCGCAAAGGAGCAUCUGAUGGAUGAUGAUGAGGGUGAAGUUGUGGAAUUCCUUGAUGAGCUGUUAGAAGUAGAGGAAAAGAAGGAAUCCUGAUGAUUGAAAUCACCACAAAGUAUUAUACAAGAGUGAACACUCACCAUUUGUCCUUACUAUUGGUUUUGGUCACCUGUAGUUCCAGUUAGAUAUACCUCAAAGCUGCUCCUUUAAGCUCCGCCUUAUGUCACAAGAUCCACUCCUGAAAGAUCACUUCCAUGCUGCACUGACUCCUCCGUGAGCAUGGUUUUUUACUGUGCCUUUAAAGAAUUGGUGCAUAUGGUUUUUCCUUGUGAGCUUUCGUUCCUUUACACAAAGACAACAAAGCAGACUAUUUGUAUUUUCUGGGCUAACACUAAGGUUCCUCCUUUCAGUGCUGUUCCACUAAAGUUAUAACAGUACAGCUAAAUUCCAAAGAACUUUUUUCAGAUUAUGAACCACAGAAGACAUAACAGUUCCUUUCCGAGCUAUGUAUUGUGUUAUUUAUAUACCUUUUUUUCUGUGAUGAUGAAUAAAGUGAUACUGAACCCCG